CUCCCCCCUUUGUCUUACAGAAUUUGAAAUCUGGUACAAUGAGUCCUUCCUUAUCCCUGAGGAUGUGCAGGAAGCGAUAAAGCCUGGAGGCAACAUCAGACCUGGAAUGAUUCCCAUGAACAGAGUCCUGUGUCUGGAUGAAGAUGAGCAGGAGCGGUUUGACCGGCUGCAGGCGGAGGUGCUGCCAGCCUGUCCAGAUUCCACCUCUUUCUACAAUGCCAAAAUGAAGACUGAUCAGAAGCACAAGUACUUUAGAGCCAUGGCCGCCCUCCAGCAAAUGCACAAGAAACCUGGACUCAUCACGGCUACGGUGAAGAACAAACCCCCGGCGGCGCUCCAUGUCAUAUAGCAGGGGCAGGACAGAGCCAUUUGCCUUGUGUUCUAUACAAGGAAAUGAACAAAUUGACCUCAGAAAACUGUCAGCAUUGAUUUCCACGAGAGACUUCUCAGAAAAUAAAACUGGGCUAGUGACAAACUGCUUUGGUUCACUAGAAUGAAGGUUAGUGCUAGCUAAGGUAGAGGAGUCAUCGGGCAGAGAGGAAGAUAAAAUACACGUUCGUUAAUUGAACUAGGAGAACUUGUUUCCCUGACUCUGAAAAAUGCAACGCCUUGGCAGGGCAGGAGUGUGCAUGUUACAGGUGAGCUGCAGAGGAAAGAAACCAGAGCUUGGGCCUCUUUGCGACAGGUGAAAAGACCUGAAGGGCUGUCAUCUUUCUCGUAUGUUUUAACAUUAGAAAUACCAGGAGUGUGCAGGCCAGGCCCCUGGUGGGGUGGCCUCCUUUGGAGGACCCAGAAAAUUUGGAGCUUCUGAAAUGUCAGAAUCUUACCCCCCACUCCAGCCCCUUGAUGCCAGGUAAAGUGGCCAGAGUGACACAAAGGGGCUCUCAGCGUCUGUCUACGCUGCACACUGAGCCCGGGUCUGUGGGAACUGGGCUUAUGGUGUUUCCAAGCCCAUGUGUGAGCAGCCCGCUGCAUUGCAAGCCUGGGUUUACGGUUACUGGACCGGGUCUCCCAGCCGUGCUAACACGUCCAUACUGCGCUACGCUGACCACCUGACUCAGGUCUGUGGCUUGAGCUGCAUCCACGCUGCAUAAUGACAGGGCUGGGACCCAAGUCACAGCAGGACUCGGGCUCUGCU